UCGAGGGCUCAGUGUGUCAUGUCGUCAGCGCGCGUGGUUACCUAGGAAUAUGUCUCAGCUAUAAAAACAAUCGAAAGAAAUUGUCAAGAAACCAAACCAAAUUAAUAAUAAUUAAUUUAAAAAACUAAACAUUAUAAACAAUUGAAAGUGAAGUGUGUGCUCAGAAGUUUUCAACUUCAAUAAACGUGAAAUAGAGGUUUUCAAUCCACCAAACGAAAUGAGUCUGCCGUCGGGUGUGGACAUGCAGAAUCUGAUGUCGCAGCAUCCGGUUUUAGGUGCCCUGCCACCUGCUUUCUUCCUACGAGCCGCCUCCGAACGCUAUCAAAGGACUCCGAAAUGCGCUCGCUGCAGGAAUCAUGGAGUGGUCAGCGCCUUGAAGGGUCACAAACGAUAUUGCCGCUGGCGAGAUUGUGUCUGCGCCAAAUGCACGCUGAUUGCGGAACGCCAACGGGUCAUGGCUGCUCAGGUGGCCCUCCGUCGCCAGCAGGCCCAAGAAGAGAACGAGGCCCGCGAACUGGGCCUCCUGUACACCUCGGUUCCUGGCCAGCAGAACGGCAGCGAUAGUGCCACGCCCACUCCGCACAGCCCCAACCACAGUGGAAGCGGUGGAUCAGCCAGUGGAGGAUCGGGUCAGAAUGGAGUCUUUCACGGCGGGAUUCCCUCGCCACCGAGCGACGGCUUCGAGACCAGCUCCACGCCGAAUCAGCACCACCAGCAACAGCAGCAGUCGCACCACCAGCAGCCACACAACCAGCAGCACCAGCAAUCCCAGCGGUUCAACGGCAACGGAAAUGAAUCCGACACCGACGGACGCACCCGUUCCGAGCACCUCAGCGUCGGCUUCUCGCCCACGAGAACCGAGUUGGACGAGAGUCCUGUUUCCAAGCGUGGAGCUGCCCAUUCGAACGAAACCGACCAGGACACGGGCUCCGAGUCCGGAUCCCCGAGUAGUCCCCGGCCCAAGGUCGCAGGACUCUUCAACUUGACUGCCAGCUUGUCGCCCGCCCGCACAGGACCGCCCAGCUCUCCUGAAUCCGACUUGGACGUGGACUCGGCGCCGGAUGAGGCCACGCCGGAGAAUCUCAGCCUUAAGAAGGAGGACAGCCAAUCGCCGCCCAAUACGCCCGCCGAAAAUCUGCAUCUCCUGCGAUCCUUUAGCAGCAGUCACGCCCAGGGCUUCCUGCCGUAUCACCACACGCAGUUCCUGGCCGCCGCCGGUUUGCCCACCCACCACCACCCACCGGCGCACUCGCCGCACCACCAGCAGCAGCAGCAACAGCAGCAGCAGCAGCAGAACCACCUUUCACAGCACCACCAACAACAGCAGCAACAACAGCAGCAGCAGCAGAGGUCGCCGAUUGAUGUCCUUAUGAGGGUGUUUCCCAAUCGCCGCAGGAGCGAUGUGGAGCAACUGAUGCAGAGAUUCCGCGGAGAUGUCCUCCAGGCCAUGGAGUGCAUGUUGGCUGGCGAGGAUUUGGGUCAGACCCCGCCGCAGGUUCCUCCCUCCCCCCCGUUUCCCAUGAAGUCUGCCUUUUCGCCGCUGGUUCCGCCCUCGGUUUUCGGCUCCCCAACCCAUCGCUAUCAUCCGUUUAUGCAGGCGCACGCCAAGAGGUUCCUGACUGCUCCCUACGCCGGAACCGGCUACCUUCCGGGGGUUCUGAGUACGGCGGACAUCGAGCAGUCGGAGUCGAAUGGGGCAGGUGGCAUCGGACUGGAUCGCACCAGCAACGCUGGGGAUUCCCAGGAUUGAGGCAGCGAGGCUGAGGCCAGCGGCGCCGCCGUUUUCAGGCCUUUCGAGUAAGAUUUCCCAGAGUCCAAGUUCUCACACCUACACUGAGAAAAAUAUCCCCUUCUAAAGUCAGGAAUAAUAAGGAAAUUUGUUUUUCAAAUGAUUUUAUCUGUUUGGUUAUAACUUCUCGUCUUGAAACAAAAUAUUUUUUUACACAAAAACCAGGCUCUAAAUUGUCCUAGCUAUGCCUAAAAAUAAGUGUAAAUUAUAUUACCCUCGAAACUUUAGCACACAAGUAUUGUAACAUAGAAGCCAUAAAAAUAAUAUGUUUAAUGAAUUACAGAUUAAGAAAACCAUUCACUCGAUCCCAGUUAAGAGCCAUAAGAUGUAAUUGUUUAGCUGAAAUUAAUAUUAUGCAGACGAUGAGAUUAUUGUUUAAGGGUUUGUUUGAUCGCAACCAACUAAUGAGA